AGACCGUUCGCGGCUACUUGUUUAUUUUUUCCAUCGUGGAAUUCGAAAGGCCUAUCGAAGUCGAUUUACCAGCCAUAGACUAUGUCGUAGCACGAAAGAAAAUAAAAUUGCUGGCGGUUACGUGAUUCGUACGCAAGAUGUGCUUUGCAUGUACAUCGUCGUAUAGGUGAUUAUACACGUAUCGUAAUAUUAUUCAUAAGCAAAAGUAUUUGUAACUAUAACGAAAAUCAGUAUAAUCUCACGCUCUCAUAUGUUACAGAGAGUUUCAGAGAGAUUCACAGAGUUUCACAGAGUUUUAGAUAGUUUUAGAGAGUUUUAGAGUGAUUUUGUAAGAAAUCAGUAUUACGCCCCAAGCAAACGUUUAUCAUCGUUUGAUUUCUUCGUUUAUAGAAAUCGGCGAGAUUAUGCUGUCGCGAUCGUUUUCGUAUCGUAUAAAGAGCGAAUAAUAUGAUAAGCGCGCAUUAUUAAUUAACGCGUGCCGUUAAACCUUCAUUUUUUACUUUACAGUUUCCGUUUGUGUUCGCUAUUUGUAUAUAUUGUUCGAGAAGAAGGAUUCGAGUUAAACGCGAUCGAUAAAAUUCUCGCGUGAAUCGGUUUUUAUCGACGUUAUAAAUAUUACAACAUCGUUUAUCGAAAUAAGUAAGAAAUGUUCUUUGUUAACUCGUCCGUGGACACAAUAAACGAUUCUAUAGGUUUUACCAGCGUACCAUAAACAUGGUCGUCCCCUUGAACGUAUCAGCGUUUGCUGCAAAGGCAACUACGUAUGUGUAUGUACGUAUGUACAUCGAUCGCAACAAUGUUUAUUUUGUUUCUCGCGUUUCUUUAAUAGUGAACUGAAAAAAUGUGCGAUGAAAUUCAAGUAUAUGGCGAAGGUUAUUUUCAGGCUUCUUCGUAUGGAAUGGAGUCGUAUCAACGUAAAGGCGAGAAAGGAAAUUUCUCGAAUGUCAACGAUGCGUAUUAUCUCGUUAUUAUGGCCUUACAAGACCAUCUUUGCGUUCGAGCCAGAAAACCAACUCGCUCGAAGGAACGAUUGGCAACAACAGCAACAACAACAACGACAACAACAACAACAACAACAACUUCGUCAAGCUGGCAAUUCGGAUAUUCGAGAGAGGAGUUUCGUUUGCGUGGACUGCGGCAAGGCGUACGCGGUUCACAGGUCGCUCUGGAGACACCUAAAAUUCGAAUGCGUCAAUGCCAAGCCGAAAUUGGCGUGCGAUGCCUGCCCCUAUAAAAGUCCUCACAAGUGGUGUAUAGAGAAUCACAAAAAGAGACAUCACAGCAAAGUUUGCAAUUGAUAGUUUGUUCGUUCGUCCGUCUACGAAGAUCGAUGCACGAAUUGAACGAGAUACCCGAUGCUUGCUCGUUACGAAGGAUAUUUUUAAGAAAAUUCUUACGCCUCGACCGUACGAAUGUAACCAACCCUGAUAGUUUAUCUCUUCGAGUUAUGGAUUUUUCGUCCUAUUACACGAAAUAAAUUUUAUUCCAUGUUAGACGUCGACAACGACGUUCAUGCGUGAUUACACGUUAAAACCGUUAAUGUUUCAAAGCAGCCCGAAUACCUGCGAUAAGCCACUGUGUAUCAUAAUAUUUACAAGCAUAGUUCUUCUUUUUUUAUUUUUUGCACGCGUAAAUAUUUAUGUACAAAAAUAUUUCCUUACGUAAGAAAGCAACUUGUACGUAAUGUUUUUCAAUUUUUCUCGACUCUACGGAUAGAUCGAGCACGAAUGUCCGCGAUAGAAGCAACGAAACAUCUACUCGUCCUGCAACAAGUACUACGUAUAACGGUAUUUUAAUUAAGUCGAACCUUUCGGUGGGUGGUCUCGAGUUUGCACGUGACAACGAGGCGAUAACAGGCGGCCUAGGGUGAGAUAACAACGAUCGAGUAACAAUGCGAAAGACGAGGGACAGCGGGUGGAUAUAAACGAUUGGGAAGCAAUCGUUGUUUUUGAUAAUUGGUUGCACAUAGUGACUUACGCUUGUCGUUUCGUGAUUGAUUUAUCCGAAUUUUGCAAUCACGCUUGCAUUCGAACGACGAUUACUUGAUUUCUAUAAUAAACCGAUUCCGCAGAAAUGCGUUCUAUGUUGACGAUUUCUAACCUCCGGUUUCCUAUCUAUGCCCACAGAUUCAUUCUGCCGAUCGAAUCGAGUCAUUCGCGAAGAAUAAUUUGCGCGACGAUCGAUGCAACGACGCCCGUUACCGUUACCGUUACCAUUACCAUUACCAUUACCGUGACGAAUCGCGGAUUACCAUCUUUCAGAUUUGAUAGGGGACGCGAUUCGAUCGAAGAAGCUGGCCCUCUUUCUUUCCUCCGUACGUCUCCGUAACUCGGCUAUUACUAACUUGGUCCCUUUGC